GAGCUGCUUGCCACCGAGAAGCAGCAGGUGGGCCUGGCGCUGGAGUCCCUGCAGGAGCUGCUCCGGGAGAGGCAGCCGGUCUGGCUGGGCUGGCUGGCCGAGCAGGAGAAGAUGGAGUCUGAGUGGGCGGUGACCCUGGCCCAGCUCUCCAGGGAGACCUCCUGCCUGCAACAGCUGAUGGCCCAGACAGAAAGGAAGUGCCGUCAGCCGGAUGGGGAAUUCUUGCAGGACAUCCAAGACACCGUAGACAGGUGCCGGAGUUACGUGGUGGGGCGUGUAGAGAGCAUCUCUCCCAGCCUGCAAGACAGACUCCGCACCCUCUUGGAGAAAAACGCUUCUGUAAGGCAGAUUGUUGACAGUUGCAAAGCCUCUCUGCAGGCGACUCUGACCAGGGAGAACCUGGAGCAACUUCUGACCACAGCACUUGCUCCACAACAGCCAAGAUAUCCUAGAGCCAACGCCGUGCCGAACAGCUCAACCGCCCACCCCCGGCUCCUGUGCAAUGGCUCCACUGUGACUUGGGCCGACAGAUACCAGAAUUACUCAGAUGUGCCAGGGAGGUUCGACCGGGAAUUCUGUGUCCUGGGCCGUGAAGGAUUCAACACAGGAUGGCACUGGUGGGAGGUGUCCGUGCAGGUGGCAGCCGACAAUGCCCCGGUGCGGGGCACAGCAUGUUGGGCCAUCGGGGUGGCCAAGGAGUCCGUCCGCAGGAAGGGGAGGUUCGAGCUGAGCCCCCAGGAGGGAAUCUGGGCCGUGGGGAAGAGUGUUAGAGGGGAGUUUGUCACUUUUGACACAGAUCAGAAGAAGCUGAGCUUGAAAAAGGUGCUGCAGAGGCUGCGGGUGAGGCUGGACUGCGAGGCAAAAGAAGUGGAGUUCCUGGAUGGGGAGACGGAGGAUUCCCUCCACACCUUCCAGAUGGGGCCCCUCCUUGGGGAGACUCUCUGGCCAUUUUUCUAUCUGGGCCAGGUGGGGGUCACCUUUAUUGUUAGGAAUUUCCACAUCCUAUAAAAGAUCUUUGGGACUGAUAGUCCUCAACUUACAACAGUUCACGUACUGACCAGAGUUGAGGAGCUCAGCCCCACCUCCUCACGCCUUCAAGGCCACAUCUGGCAAGAGGACCAGAUGUCGUCGCCCCUCCCCGCACCAUGCCCGACCUCCUUAUCCUUUUGCC